AUGCCAUUCUUCCCUCCAAUAAACUUUAACAAGUGGCUCGAGGAGAACCAUGAUAAACUCCAACCACCCGUAAACAAUUUCCUCAUUCAACAAGGAGACUUUAUAGUUAUGGCGGUUGGUGGUCCGAAUGCUCGUACUGACUACCACAUUAACCAGACAGAAGAAUGGUUCUAUCAAUAUAAAGGUAACAUGCUACUCAAGGUGGUCGAAAACGACGAAUUUAAAGAAAUUCCAAUUAAUGAGGGUGAUAUGUUUUUAUUACCAGCCAACACGCCACAUAACCCUGUACGAUUUGCCGAUACUGUUGGUAUCGUGAUAGAACGAAAACGCAGAUUACAGGAAAUAGAUGUUCUCCAAUGGUACUGUGAACAAUGCAAAAAUAUCGUAUACCGCGAAGCUUUUCACUGCUACAAUCUAGGCGUACAAUUAAAACCCAUCAUGGUUAAGUACGCAAAUGAUGUGAAUUUGAGGACUUGUCAUCAUUGUGGACAUGUGAAUACGUAA